AGUGAGAGCAGUGUGUGGACACCAUUCGGUUAUCCUGGGUCACCAGUGUGUACAUGGACUGGCCACAAGAGGGACACCUCACCCAGCAGCAACUACAAGCAGCUUUCCAUCACUUCACACUCACAGGAUUGAAGAUGAGGCAAUUCAGCACUGAGAAGAUACAUGUUUGGUCUCGCUAGGCUGUGACCAUCGCAGGACAGAGAGAAGACAAGACUGUGAGGAAGGAUUGUUCAGAGGGUCCUGCAUGCUCACAACAGCUCUGACUCAAGACAGAUAUUCAAAUUCAUCAAGGAAAGUCUCCUCCUCCUAUGACAUAAAACAACGUAAUCAUAGAUAAGUUGGAGACAUUUUUAAAAGCGAUUUAUCAGUCAAUAUGAUGAAACCAAUGUCCUCAGUCAUUUACAACGACCUAUAAUCUCAGGCUCACAACUGAUAACAUUAUUGCAUAAGAAGGGCUGUGUCUGCAUAUUUAGGUGAAAAUUCAACUAUAGGCAUGAGCAGUCUUACCAAAACACUAUGAAAAAAGAAUGGGAAAUAAUCUUCUACUGUUUAAUACAGUAACCGGAAUGCCUUAUAUUUUCAUCAUUGUAAAAAAAUAGAAAAACUGGAAAGUGCUUGUACGUGUAUGCAGAUAUAUGUGUCUAUGGGUUAGUCCCUCUUACAGCAGUCAAGUUUAUAACCACCAGAUCCAAGCAAAGUCCAAGGAGAUAUCUUGCGAGGUCUACUUCAUGUACCACAAGAGCCUUGAACAGCUUUUCAAAUAGUGUUGCUAGCUAGACAGAGACUUGUUGUUUAUAUAUAAUGCUAUAGCUCACAUGUGUAUGUAGUAAUAUUUAUCCGGUUUUACAUUACUGAUUAAUCAAGAAACCGGCAAGAUGUCCUCAGGUAUUCCAGAUGUCCUUAAAGAGUGGGAGGUCUUAGAGAAAGAGUUCUACACAGUUCAGGAGACCCACAGGUUAUACAUGCAGAAGCUUGAUGAAGUGUCAAAGUUACAGAAGCGCUUCUCAUCCUCCAUCAGUCAACAAAAGAAGAGUCUUAAAGACAUAUCUCGUUCAGUGCAGAAAUGCAGAAAAGGACUAUCAGAGGAGGAAGCCAAGCCCCUGGAUGACAUACGCUCACAAAUACGUGAGAGGCAGAACAUUUUCUAUGAAAUGGAAGCUUUCCUACCAAAGAAAAAUGGGUUAUACCUCAGUCUUGUACUGGGAAGUGUGAAUUUAAACCUUCUGAAUAAACAGUCCAAAACAGCCUACAAGGAUGAGUAUGAGAGAUUCAAGCUCUACGUGACGGUCAUCCUGCUGGUGCUUGCUUUUCUGUGCCGUUUUAUAGUUAGCUAUAGAUUUGUUGAUGCUGUCCUCAACUUCCUGUUGGUGUGGUUCUACUGCACACUUACCCUUCGAGAGAGUGUCUUGAUCAGCAAUGGAUCCAGAAUUAAAGGGUGGUGGGUGGCCCACCAUUACAUCUCCACCUUCCUCUCUGGAGUCAUGCUGACCUGGCCUGAAGGCAAGCUGUAUCACAUGUUUAGGAACCAGUUUCUGGCCUACUCAAUGUAUCAAAGCUUUCUGCAGCUUCUUCAGUACUACUAUCAAAGCGGAUGCCUCUAUAGGCUCAAGGCUCUCGGUGAAAGACACAAUUUGGACUUGACAGUAGAGGGUUUCCAGUCUUGGAUGUGGAGAGGCUUAACAUUUCUACUGCCCUUCCUCUUCUUUGGUCAUUUUUGGCAGCUGUUCAAUGGGAUCUCCCUUUACCUAAUGUCCCAACUUCCAGAAUGUGUAGAGUGGCAGGUAUCUAUGUGUGGCCACUGCUUCUUGGUGCUCUUCAUGGGGAACUUCUUCACCACUCUUGCUGUGGUACGCCACAAAAUGCAUCAGAAGAAUCAGGCAAAAGCAAAGACUCAAUGAAUAAAGCACUGUCGGGAUGAUCCAGAACCUUUGUCAUUGGUGCUGCCAUAUUGCUGAGGGCAACAAUCGAGCGGUAAAUCACUGGAGGCCAAUGCCCAAUUGACCUCAGCAGUAUGGCGGCGGCGCGUUGACAUACGUUCUAGAGUCCAAUGCAGUAUCUAUAUAUAUACAUCAAUGGUGGCUGGCUACGCUUUCCGAACGCUAGCCUACCCUCUUGAAUAUCAACGGACAAUGAGGCAUCUAUGUAGUUGUCCCUCUGCCAAGGAUGAAGAGUAGAUUGGGCGGUAAUUGCUGCUAAAUUUUGGAAUAAGCUGCCAUCAUUACUUGUUUUUAACACACCUUUAAUCUAAUUUUUAUUUUCUGACUUUUAACUCAGCAUGAGUGUUUUUUAUUAACUGUUAGAUUGUUUUGUCAUCAUGUAUGUUUAUUUUACCAUUGUGUUUAUGCAAACAUCGUCUCAGAACCUUGUAUGACCUUAGGUUCAGAGAAGUCACAUCACACAACUGUCUCAGACCCUUGUAUCUUAGGCUUAGAAAAGUCACAUUGCCCAACUGCCUGAGACUGGUUCUUGUUGUUUUGUCAUCAGGGCUUAUAGCCAGAUGCUGUCACUCUAACCUACAUGCGCUUGUUUAUAUCUCUGUAUAAAUAUGGGCGAAGACCCCAUACCUUUUUGUCAGUCUAGCACUGACCCACAUAGUAAAUAAAGAGCACCUUGACCUGGAAA